AUGGACGACCCAGAUCCUUUACUGAGUGAGCUCUGCUCGAUAUGUCACAUCAACCCGCCAAAAUAUCGCUGUCCGCGCUGUUCAACGCGAACCUGCUCCCUCCCCUGCACAAGACGCCACAAGCUCUGGUCACAGUGCUCCGGAGUGCGCGACCCGGCAGCCUACCUCAAGCGCAGCGAACUAGCCACCCCAUCGGCAUUUGACCGCGAUUUCAACUUCAUCUCGGGCAUUGAGCGCUCGCUGGAGCGCGCGGACAGAGAUGCUGAGAACCGGGGCAUUGAGCUUCCACGCGGGGCCGCUGCAGAGGCCGUGGAUGCGGAGGAAGCACCCGAAGCCGGUGCUGGGCGCAAAAGGAAACAUCCCGGGCAAGGUCUUGUUAAGGGCGAAGCUGGAUUCUUGCGCGGCGCGGAGGCUGGCGCGGUGAAGGUUAUGCGAGCGCCAAGGGGGAUGACGAGGAAUAAGCAGAAUACUUCAAGGUGGCAUCCUAAACACAAGUGUCUUAGUUGGACAGUGGAAUGGAUACCGACUUCUGGCGAGAAAAUGGUCUGCAAUAGCCUUGAGACGCGCACUCUGGCCCAGGCAUACGAUGGUGUCUAUCCUCUGCCAAAGGAAGAGAGGCCCAAUUGGGAUCCAACCAGAGAAGCCAAAGGCGAGCAGCAGAACGCCAUCUCUACAGUGGAUGGGCAGACAGACGCCGCCACUUAUAAUGCUAGCGCUACAACGAGCGAACCCACGGGCACAAAUGCCGAGAAAUUACAACGCUCAGAACCAGCCGAGGCAUCUACAGACCCAAUUGAAGAAAAAGCACUCAACUCUCCCAUCAGCCCCCAUCGCGGCGUCUACUUCUACCUCCACCGGCCCCGAACAACAACCAAGAAGCCAGUCCUGAUCCCUUUACCGCCACAAAUAACAUUGGCAAAUGCCCUGCGCGAACGCACAGUCUUGGAGUUCCCUACCAUCUACGUGUUACCCGACUCCGCGGAAACCCUAGGCGCCGCUGAGGAUACAUCCCAGUUCACCUUGGAAGAGGAAUAUCUACGAACAGCCGCACCCGAGGAGACAGCAGAGUCAGAGAACGAGAGUACGGGAAUAGACAAUGAUGCGGGUCUGCCUGGCGCAAAAGACAUAGGAAAUGUGGAUGAGCAGAAAGUGCUGGAGGUAUUAAAGCAGGAUCUAUUCGAGCCUGUGCCUGAGGAACAGGUAUAG